AUGAAAUCUCUCUCUCUCUCUCUCACACAGCCCAAGUUAUCAGAGCCGGCCAUCGCCACUAAUCACAACAAGCAGGCUCUUCUGUCCUUCUGGUAUAACGUCUGCGUGGACUGCAGUGAGAACGUGCGUCUCAUCGUCCAAAACCCUGUGGUCACUAAAAACAUCGCCUUUAACUACAUCCUGGCGGAUCACGACGAUCAGGAGGUGGUGCUGUUCAACCGCGGGAUGCUCCCGGCGUACUACGCCAUCCUGCGCAUGUGCUGUGAGCAGUCGCCCGCUUUCACCCGCCAGCUGGCGUCGCACCAGAACAUACAGUGGGCCUUCAAAAACCUCACGCCGCACGCCAGCCAGUACCCGGGGGCGGUGGAGGAGUUGUUUAACCUGAUGCAGUUGUUUGUAGCUCAGAGGCCUGAUAUGAGGGAGGAAGAGCUGGAGGACGUGAAGCAGUUCAAGAAGACCACCAUCAGCUGUUACCUGCGCUGUCUGGACGGACGCUCCUGCUGGACCACGCUCAUCAGUGCCUUCCGUAUCCUGCUGGAGAACGAUGAGGACAGACUGCUGGUGGUGUUCAACAGAGGACUCAUCCUCAUGACUGAGUCCUUCAACACCCUGCACAUGAUGUACCAUGAGGCCACCGCGUGUCAUGUGACCGGUGAUCUAGUGGAGCUGCUGUCCAUAUUCCUGUCUGUUUUAAAGGCAACGCGACCCUACUUACAACGUAAAGAUGUGAAGCAGGCUCUGAUCCAGUGGCAGGAGAGGAUUGAUUUUGCCCAUAAACUGCUGACGCUGCUGAACUCUUACAGCCCGCCAGAGCUGCGUAACGCCUGUCUGGAUGUGCUGAAGGAGCUGGUGCUCUUGAGCCCUCAUGACUUCCUGCACACACUCGUGCCCUUCCUGCAGCACAACCACUGCACGUACCACCACAGCAACAUCCCCAUGUCGUUUGGGCCGUAUCUGCCCUGUAGAGAGAACAUCAAGCUGAUGGGCGGGAAGAACAACAUUCGUCCUCCCAGACCCGAGCUCAACAUGUGCUUGUUGCCCUCAAUGGUGGAGACCAGCAAGGGUAAAGAUGAGGUGUAUGACAGGAUGUUGUUGGACUACUUCCUGUCGUAUCAUCAGUUCAUUCACCUGCUCUGUCGAGUCGCCAUCAACUGUGAGAAGUUCACAGAGACUCUGGUGAAACUGAGUGUGUUGAUCGCAUAUGAAGGACUUCCUCUACAUCUGGCUCUCUUUCCCAAACUCUGGACAGAACUUGCUCAAUCUCAGUGUGCGAUGGCUCAGUCGUGUGUGAAGCUGCUGUGUGAGGAUCCAGCGUUUGGAGAAUACAUGAAAUGCAUCCUGAUGGACGAGAGGAACUUCCUCAACAACAACAUCGCCUACUCGUUCCUCACCUGCUUCUUACACAAGGUGCAGGUGCAGGUGUUAUCAGGCCAGAGCUGCUCGAAUCUCGUCAACGUGUUGGUGACCAACCUUCUGAACGAGUACCACAGCCUGCAGCCUGAGCUGACCAAUCAGAGAGCAGAGAUGAGCAAGACCAGCAGCCUCCUAAACGCGGACCUGCGAGCGCUGCUGCUGGUGCUGUCCGUGUCCACCCCUCAGCAUCUGGAUCCGGCUCUGGGUCCCGCUCUACAGGAGCUGCUGUCCAAGUGCAGACUGUGUCUUCAGCACCGCGCAACACUAGAGCUGGAGGCCAAGGAGCGCAAAGCCAAAGCGGAAGAGGAGGGUGUGACUCCAGUGAAGCGUCGGAGAGUGAGCAGCAGUGCUGACGAUCGUGCAGGAGACGCUCCCUCCUCCUCAUCCUCCUCCUCAUUGGCUCCCUGCUCCGAGCAGAAGGCGGAGCCCGGGGAGGCGUUAACGCCCACCAGCACGUCGGACACUGAAACCCGAGACUCCUCCCUCAUCGACCCGGGAACGGAAAACGACCCGCCCUCUCCCGACAGCGCGUCCCUCGAGGAGAAGAAAAUGGACGCUUCGUCAUCGUCAUCAUCUUCGUCUUCGUCGUCAUCCUCCUCUCUUCCCGAAGCAUUCGGCCGAGCGGACGAAGCUCCGCAGCAGAUAGCGGGAAGAGAGGAGGAGGAAGAGGAAGAUGGGAGGAAGGAACCGCAAGAGCAGGAGGCGGAGCCAGAAAGAGAGGAAGUUCCCUCCACUUCCGCCGACUCGGUGCUUUUACUGUCCAGUUUGCCGGAAGCCUCUGAGGGGCGGAGCUGCUCGCUCCAGGAGGCGGAGUCAGGCGGCUGUGGCCACGCCCACAUGCAGGAUUCCCUGGAGAUGCUGUCACGCACAGUCGAGGCCACUAUCGGGGUGGUUGCCAAACUUUCGAACGGAAAAGGAGGGACACGCCCCUCGGCAUUGUGACGUUACUUUUCACAUCCCUCCUUUUUCGCAUUUCACCAUUUCCGUUCGCCAUGCUGUUCAGUUUUGUCUUUUUAAAGAGUAAUUGAAGUCCGAUUUGUCAACUUUUUUCUUUUUUUUUUUUUUCUCCACCCUUUGGCCUUGCUCUUCACCAACUGAGCUCCACAUUAAUUGAACAGAACGAAAAGCGAACGAUAUCAGCUGGAGCGUAUUUUCGUCAAAGGGCGGUUGUUUUCUUUUUUAAGCCGUAAUUGUGUUGGUUUAUUUGUUUUGAAGUGGUUUGUUUUCGAGCCUGCAGUGAAACAGGGAAAAGGUUUACAACAUUUUAGUCCCAUCAGUGCAUAAUUUAAUUUUGCGUUUUUAUUCACGUGUAUUAUUAUUAAAAUUACGAUUGUCUUCUGUGCCAGUUUUGUACUUACAGACGUGAGGCUGAAAUGGCCUUGCUGUGGGUUUUUUUUCUCUGUGGUGGAUAUCAAAAACUAUGUUUACUUUGUAUAUUGAAAAGAAAGAACGAACCACAAGAACCUUGAUUCUGUAAAGAAUCUUCUAGAUGUUGCCUGGCUUUGUAAAUGAGAUGGUUAAAAUAUAUAUACAUAUAUAUAUAUAUAUAUAUGUAUAUGUAUAUAUAUGUAUAUAUAUAUAUGUUUCUGUAAGGUAUAUGUAUACAGUAUAUAUCCAUUCAAGCGCAGUAUACUGUAUAUAUAAAUCUGCUGUAUAUAUAUAUACCUACGUUGUGUAUAUAGAAACUUACGGUGCUCUUUUCAGGCUCAGAUCAUUUGUGGCCGGAAUAUUGCACAUUUGAUGGAACAGUUGGAGCUCUAUUUUAUUUACCGAAAUACAUUCCAUAAUCUAUUGGAUGUCAUUCUUGCGUUCUCUGUAUUUGAUUUCUCUCUCAGUCUUUCUGUUUUCAUUUAUUUUAAUAUAGGAUAUAACUUAAUAAAAUUUUAAUAUGAUUUAAUUAUGAA